AUGUCAUCUUCAGUAACGAACACGACAGGAGAGGAUAGUGAGGAAGAAAGUUGUGUAAUGCAAAACGAAUCAAAAAAGGAAUAUCACAAUGAUGACCUCACAAGUUUAAAUUGGCUUGUGGGUUACAAGUUGCCUGAUUACUUUACUCUUGCUGACAAUUCAUGUCAUCAGCACGUGAGUGCCAAUGCUAGUUGCAGUUCAAAUAGCAGUCAUAUCUCGGAAGACGUAUUAUUUUCUCAAAAUAGAGAUGAACUUCUUGAAGAAAAACUUUCCGAUGCUUCCUCAGAUAAAAUUUCAACUUCAAAAUGUUCGAUUUUAUGUCUGAUUUAUCGAGUAUUAGCCACAUCAUCUAACCGUCGUCUUUCUCUCAGUGAUAUAAGUCGCCGUUUUGCAGUUCUGCAUUCUUUUUGGUCAAUCAAUCCCGAAUUUGCAAAAAAAUAUCAGCAUGUUGCUCUUGCUGAAGGAUUUGCUCACCGUUGCCCUUCUGCUCCGUUUCUGUCUGAAAGAUCUGAUGUAAUAGAAGAUUCCAAAACUAGCGAUACCGAACUGUAA